AGAGAAGAAUUCACGUGGUUUGUAUAUGGACUGAAAGAGACCAUGUCAUGAGUUGGAGAAACUAGGUAUUGUCACCAAAACGUCGGGGGUGUUCAUGGCUUGUAGCGCACAGCAGGAUUCUAAGAACGUGAGCCGGUGUCGCCGCAACAUUGCGUCAGAUUUAAGAAAUGGAUGGACGACGGUCACUAUAGUCUUGAGAUUACGGCUGGUUAUCGGGAGGUCGCUCAGCAACAUCGCGGACGAGGUUGACGCUGGCAGUAACUAUAGGCACUGAUCUGUUAAGUUGACCAGUUUUUUUUCGCUCAUAAUUGCUAAUUGAAGAAAGCAAAGGCGAAUGUCUGUAAGCACAGGAGAAUGGCAGACCGUGCAGAAGAAAAAGCGGGCGAAGCUGCGAAAUCCCAGGCCUCCACCAUGUCAGAGCAUCUGCCUGCAAGAGGGAGCCACUGAUGUCCUGAAAGUCCAGAGGAAAAUUAUGGAAGCCAUGGAUGAACUGAGGAUGGACCCAUUUUGGGAAGCCUUUAAAGGGUUGACCCUUUCCUGCUUAUCCAAAUCCUUUGCUUCAAGAACACACCCAUGCCCCGUUCCAUCUGACAUCCUGGGUUCAGCAUUAACCUCUGGAGGAGAAAAAGAAGCAUCAGGACUUUUGGACCACAAGGGAUCAGCUGAGGACAGGAAGAUAGGAGAAAAAAGUGGUGCAUCAGGUUUCUUUGCUGUAAUCCGCAGUCUGGAGUUGGACUGUGUGUGUUAUGGACUUGGCAGCUUCUCCAGCUCUCACUCGUCUCUUUACCAGCUAGCUUUGCUGUUGCUGAUACUGGACCUUCUGCAGAUCCCUACACAGCGAUGCUUCAUAUAUGAUCCCAUGUUUUCACCUGAGGACAUCAGCAUUCUAGAGGGCUACAGAAUGAAUGUUUUGCCAGAAAAUGAGGAAGGGAAGCGUUUGGCAACGAGGCCAACUCUGUUUUAUUUAAUGCACUGCGGAAAGGCACUCUACAACAACCUGCUGUGGAGAAACUGGAGUGCCAGUAGCCUCUCCAAUAUGGCUGUCAUUGGAAACAGUUUCCAAGGCAUUAAGGAGAGGCUGCCGUCAAGAAUUCUGAUGAGGGACUACAAGUGCAUCUUUGAUAUUCUCUCAGUUGUAGAUGAAGCCCUAGUCUCUGUGACUCCUCGAUACCAGGAGGUCUUUAAUGACACUGCCUUCCAUUGGUUCCCGCUGGAGAGGCUUCAGUCUCUGCCACAAGAUCUCUGGGAUUCUCAGCUGCAGCCAGACUAUGAAGGUGAGAAGGACCUUGAGAUAAUUCUUGCAGGGAGAUGAGAACUCAUUAAUUUCUAUACAGGUACACCAAAAAAGUUUGUCUGGGCGUUUUGUCUCAAUGUCAGGAUGAAGGUACAGAAAUUUGCUCCUUCCAUGGUGAAAUAAAAUAAGCAAAUGUUUCAGAUAGAGAACACAUGGACCCCUCACAGAUUAUAGAAAUGUGGAAAGCAGACCAAAGAUUUAACACCAUGUGAGCCAGAAUAAUGUGUGGCAAGUCAUAUGACCCAACUCUAAUGCUCUCCGUUUUAUUUUUCAGUGUCAUUUUAAUACAAAAGCUGUCAAAGUGUAAAGAUGUAACUU